AUGGAGCCAAUUAGACUACCACUGAGGCGACACAAGAUCGAAGGUGGGGGAGAGUGUAAUAAAGAGGUGGAAAGGAUAGACCUGAGGAGGUUUGUAAGUAUGUUCAUCAAUCAGACGCUAAGGGAGAUGAAGGAAGCACUAGGGAAAUUCUACUCGAUCUCAGAGACAGUGUGUAGAAGAGAACUGAGCGUGUUUUUCAAGCAGAAGGCUGCAGAUUUCGAGUGUCUAUUCCUAUUCAUAAGCGGGAUAGAAUGUUUAAAAGAGGUCAGCUCGAAUAGACACAGAAUCAGAAAGAUCAAGGGAGUGGACACAGAAUAUGUGUUGAUUGCAGAUAGACUUGCACAUCUAUUUGAGUCUUUCAAGUCUAUGAUUAUACCCAAGAGUGAUAUCCUUACAUCCCUUCAGACGAUUUAUAAUCCUGGAUAUCUCCUCCCAAAGCUUACGGGAGACUGUGCCAAGCAUGAAGUAACAAGUUUUGAGGAGAUCAAUAGGAUCACCAGGAUGUAUCUGGAUAAGGAGGACCUAUCUAUGUAUAAUAGCAUUGCAAUCGAGCAGGGGAUAGCCAUUUUGUCAUCCAAGUUUUUUUCAUUUAGCCUUGCCUUGUGUGGGGAAAUAUCAAGGCCAGAGUGGAAGCUGAUAAAUGUCAAGGGAGGCAACGAGGUCUUCAGUAGGCAUUUGCUGUUUGCCAUGCCUCACAGAAUAGAUAAGAUCUCGAGGUUUCUGCGGAUUUACGAAGCGCAUACUAAGGCAAGGGAGAUAUUCCUGAUGGUAAAGAAGUCUUCCAAUCAUAUAGAGAUGAAUAUACAAGGCCACUACAGAAGAUUUGAAGUAUCCUUCCAUGUGUUCAGGAUGAGUGUGAAUGUGGAGCGCUGCGACAUCAAUGGAAAGAUGUUUAUAGAAAACGAUGUGCUUCCUUCUGGAGAGGAUGUGGUACAGUCGUUUGAAGACAAGGUUUCCAAGUAUCUUUGCAAGGAUGGGAGAAAUGCUUCCUUUACCUUCAAAAGAGGGUUUACAGCCUUUGAUGGAGAGGAGAGCCGAUACUUUAAAAGCUUUGUGGAAUUGGAUGUGUUUCUAGGGAAGAAGGAGGAAAGCUCUCGGUUCUACAGAUUCUUUGAGGAAAGGUUUCCCUGUUAUAGAAAUCAUAGGAAAGGGAUAUUUGGGGACAGAAAUGUUUUUAUUAUGCGAGACGGGCUUUUUGUAUGUAUCCGACUGGUAAGACUUGGAGAAAGCCACAUGGAGGUUAGGGUAUUUGUUGGAUGCUAUGACCUUGUGGAUUUUCUAAGCUAUACAGAAGUUAGUAUGGAAGUAAAAGAUAAUGGGGAGAUUGUAGGGAUUAUAAAUGAGAAAGAGAAGAAGCAACCGAGUCUCAAGAUAGAGUGCCUACAUGAAUACUUUGAGAGAAACAUGGAUCUUUUACUUCUUUCCUAUAGAUUUCUUUCUGUGGUCAAUGGAAGGAUUAGUAUUGAAGGGAGGGUGUUGUUGAGCCACAGAACUAGAAAUGAGGAGAUUGAUAUUUCUGUAGAAAAGAAAGAAGGAGGGGUUUUUAUUGCAACCUCCCGAUUUGGAGAAAGGAUGGCAUCUUCAGAAGGUAUUUAUAACUGUGUCGCCUUUGCCUUGCUUUUGAUGGAUAUCCUCACGUAUUCAAAAGGCUUUAGUCUGGUGAAUGUCAUUUCGAUGGAUCUUUACAAAGGAGUAUCAUUGAGGAUUUCUGGGCUUCUUGUUACUCUUCGGAUGAAUUCUGAGGGGCAUCUUGAAUCAAGUCCAUUGGGAGUAAGUUAUAUAUUGAAAAACUGCUCUGUUUUGGGCAUUAUGGAUCUUCUAUGCUGCUUUCACGGGCUUUUUUCCAAUGGGCUUAUACCCACAACCUCCACCACGACAAGCCUGGUGUUUGUAUUCAGACAUCUAUUUAAAGGAUCUGUAAAGAUGAAAAUGAUUGAUAGAACUAAAUACACCCUCUCUCUAAGUGGAGGAAGAAUAAAAGAUGCACUUGGAGGAUUUGGGCCAGAAAUACUAACCUCAGACACUGUUUUCCUUCGCAAGUUAUCUGGAUUCUACUUCAAGGAGAGGAUUAAUAUGAUAACUGAUGUAGCCAAGAAAAGUUACAGUGUAACUAUCAAUGAAAAUGAAGUGAGUGUUUCAACACCUUGUGGAGAUUUCAAGAUUUCCAUUGAAGGCGGGAGGUACAUAUUUCGAAUCUGCUCUAUUAACAUGGCAGAACCAAGCGAUGAGUUCACACAGACCAUAAGUAAAUACUUCGGAGAGAUCAUGAGUAUAGAAAAGUAUAUUUCUGACUCUAUGAGGUUUCUAAACAGCAUAGACGAACUCAUCAAGCUAUUUGAUAGUAUUAGAACAAAGAGAAAAAGCAAUUACAAUGGCCAGAUUUAUUAA